AUGUCUGUACUGACUGAGAAAGAGUUUACCGAAGCCCUGCCAAAUAGCUUAGAUUUAUUCGAACUGCCUCCCUAUCAAACCAGCAUCCUGCAACAUUACUACGAGAACGUAAGACCCCUGUCUGUCAUCACUGAUUCCAGUCCGGUGGAAUUUCACAUUCCGAACGGUGGGAAAGACUACAUCGACUUGAGCAAGACUCGACUUCACGUCAAACUGAAAGUCACUCAUACCGACAAAACACCAUUAGCCGAUAAAGAAAAAGUAGGACCCGUCAACCUCACUUUACAAAGCUUGUGGAGUCAGGUGAGCGUGUUCCUUCAGGGUCAACAGGUCAGUUCCAGCAAUGGCGGUUAUCCAUACAAAGCUCUCAUGGAAACUCUCCUCGACUACGGCGCCGAUGCUAAGGCCGGUCAACUGACCAGUCAACUGUAUUACAAAGAUUUGGGUAUCACCGUGGACGAGUUUAAUUCCGGGGACCCCUAUGCCGGUGGGAAUGAUGGCCUCAUCAAUCGUGGAGGCGUUAUCGCCGAAAGCAAGUCGCUCACCCUAACAGGACCCCUCAUGGAAGUCAUGUUCGGUUUCGAUCGUCAUCUGGUGAAUGGCGUGGACGUGGGUCUGAAACUGUUUCGCUCCAACACGUCCUUUGUUUUGUUGUCCGAUGAGACCGAUAAAAAUUACACUGUUGAACUACAAGAUGUGUACCUAAAAGUAUGCAAACUGAGAAUCAACAACGCUCUAAUUGUGGCUCACAACAAGCAGUUCGAAAAAGGUAACGCCCUGUACCCGUAUGAACGAUCCGUUGUCAAGAUGGCCUCGGUUGCCUCGUCCAGUCUGAGUUUCAACUGGGACGCCAUGUUUCAAGACGAAGUUCCCAGUCGACUCAUUGUUGCCAUGGUGAGGUCCGAUGGGGUGAACGGAUCGUACACGGUCAAUCCCUUCUGUUUCCAAGGUAACGUCGUUAAAUGCAUGGGACUGUACUUGAACGGUACCAGUGUACCUGCACGUCCGUUAGAGUCGGACGACAUCGAGGCUUAUGCCAACCUGUACGACUGGAAUAACGAAUGGCACAAAGACAAAGGUUUGAACUUGGACCGCACGGAAUUUUCCAUAGGUCAUGCCUUGUACGUGUUUAACCUGCAAGACAUCCAAGGUGACAGAGGGGAAUAUCUGAAUCUGGUCAAGUCGGGUAAUCUGAGAUUAGAAGUCCAGUUUGCUCAAGCCCUCGCCCAUACCUUCAACGUCAUCGCCCUGGCUAAAUUUCCAGCUCUCCUCGAAAUCGAUCAAAGCCGCAACCUGUUUCUGAAGUAG